CGUAGUUGAAAGUGGACGUGUGUGGAACAGCAUGAAUAUUAAAUACGUCAAAUAAGGAGUAAAACCCAAGUAAAAAGUGUAAAGUGCUAUAAAAAUUCAUGUGCGGGAUGAGUGGUAACGUGUGUAUGUGUGAAUAAUGCCUUUAGUAAACUCUAGGACUUGGAAAUAGUUUUGUAAACAAACUGUGUUUCGUGUAAUCAAAAUGGCUGGACUUUGAAGAUCUCAUUCUUUGUCCGUAUGUCAGUAUGAAAGUUGAGCUCAUUGCCCAAGAUAAGAGGAUAGAGAGGGAAUACAUGACAUGUUCAUCCACUCCCAUAAUUUGGUCACAGAUAACAAUAGCACUGGGACACUCCAAUAUAAAAAACACAAAGCUGACAAUUUCAGUUCCAGUGCCAACACAGAUCUUUCAAUAGUAGAGCAAGUGUUCUCUUUGAAUGGAAAUAAUUUUGGCACUUCAAACGACAAUGUCAGCCAUAGUAGCCCUUCUGGGGGUAAUCAGCAGCCCUAUGUUCGUGCCUCCACUAUCAAGCUUCUAGAUACCUAUCAGCGUUGUGGCCAAAAGCGCAAGACUUGGUCCCCCUCCUUCGAGGCAAAUGGUAAUAGGUGCGCCGCUGGCGGCGAGUCAAGCGGCGGCGGCGGCGUCGUCGUUCCUCCCGACCCCCCCACCACCACCACCACCAUCACCGCCUCCACCUCCGCAGCGGCAUCCUCCACCACCACCACGACGGCCCACAGCAAGGUCGCGGCGGCGGCUCAGGGGGCGACCCACCCCCAGCCGCAAGGUAAGAAAAAAUGUUCCGGCUCGGGCGCCGACGGCGACUACCAGCUGGUGCAGCACGAGGUGCUCUACUCGAUGACCAAUCAGUACGAGGUGCUCGAGUUCCUCGGCAGAGGCACCUUCGGCCAGGUGGUCAAGUGCUGGAAGAAGGGCACCAACGAAAUAGUCGCCAUCAAGAUACUGAAGAACCAUCCGUCGUACGCCCGACAGGGCCAAAUCGAGGUCAGCAUCCUGUCUCGACUUAGCCAAGAGAAUGCCGACGAGUUCAACUUCGUCAGGGCGUACGAGUGCUUCCAGCACAAGAACCACACGUGUCUGGUGUUUGAAAUGCUCGAGCAGAAUCUCUAUGAUUUUCUCAAGCAGAACAAGUUCAGCCCGCUGCCGCUCAAGUACAUCAGGCCCAUCUUGCAGCAGGUGUUGACCGCGUUGCUCAAACUUAAGCAAUUAGGCCUCAUCCACGCCGAUCUCAAGCCGGAGAACAUCAUGCUGGUCGAUCCUGUGCGGCAGCCGUACCGCGUCAAGGUCAUCGACUUCGGCUCCGCCAGCCACGUCAGCAAGGCGGUGUGCAACACGUACCUGCAGUCGAGGUACUACAGAGCGCCCGAGAUCAUCCUCGGCCUGCCGUUUUGCGAGGCCAUCGACAUGUGGUCGCUGGGAUGCGUCGUCGCCGAAUUGUUUUUGGGGUGGCCACUGUAUCCCGGCUCGUCCGAGUACGAUCAGAUCAGAUACAUAAGCCAAACGCAAGGCCUGCCGACCGAGCACAUGCUCAACAACGCCUCGAAAACCACCAAAUUCUUCUACCGCGACAUGGACAGCACCUACCCCUUCUGGCGGCUGAAGACGCCCGAGGAGCACGAGGCGGAGACGGGCAUCAAAUCGAAGGAGGCCAGGAAGUACAUCUUCAACUGUCUGGACGACAUCGGGCAGGUGAACGUGCCCACCGAUCUGGAGGGGGGGCAGCUGCUGGCCGAGAAGGUGGACAGGAAGGAGUUCAUCGAUCUGUUGAAGCGGAUGCUCACCAUGGACCAGGAACGUCGCACCACCCCCGGCGAAGCCCUCAACCACGCUUUCGUCCGACUCGCCCAUCUCGUCGACUACGCGCACUGCAACAACGUGAAGGCCAGCGUGCAGAUGAUGGAGGUGUGCAGACGGAGCGACUUCAACGGCGCCGCCGCCAACCACCAGCCGGCCGCGGCGCCGCCGCCGCAGCAGCAGGCCGCCUCGCUCGUCGCCAACUUCGUGCCCGGCUCCAAUGGGAAUGUGACGUUCACUAUCAACAACCAGCUGAGCAAUCAGGUGCAGCGGCUGGUGAGGGACAGGUCGGGGUACGAUAAUUUGUACCAGAUCUACAACGGCCGCACGGUGGGCAGACAGUACGCGACGGGCGGCCGGGCGGACCCCUUCCAGCACCAGCUCGUCUCGUCCAUCCUGUGCCCGGCCGGGUACCAGGGCAUGGGCGGCUCGCCUGCUAAGCACGUUGCCGUCGUGCAGCAGCCGCAGCUGCAGAUCCAGCCGCCCAUCCUGGGGCAGGCGGGGCAGCAGCAGUACGUGCCCGUCAGCGUGGUGGAGCCGAGCGGCAGGCAGAUGCUGUUGACGAACGCCGUGCAAACCUCCUGGCCCACCACCCGCCAACAGAUGGCUCUAGUCCCGUCGUGGCAGCAGCUGCCUCCGCAGCACGCCGCCAUCCAGCAGCCGCUCAUCUCCGAGGACUGGGGCCGCCCCCUGCUGGUCGACUCGUCCGCCAUCUUGCAGGAGCAGCGGCCCGUGUUUCCGGUGGAUGUGGCAGCUGCCGCCGCCGCCGAGGUGUAUAAUCCGAUGGUGGAGCACGCGGCGGCUGCUGCGGCUGCGGCGGCGGCGGCUUCUUGGGGGGCGAGCAAGAGGAGCUCCAAAGGCCACCACGGGCAGCAGGGCGGAGGUGGGAGUCUUCAUGGGCACCACCACUUGAUGGUUCCCAGCCAUCACAGAUCUCAGCACGACAAGAAAGAACAGACGCAGCUCAGUCCUGUGAAGAAACGAGUCAAAGAGGGCACCCCACCAUCGGAACAGAUCCACUACGCCAGCAGCAGCAGGCGAAAUCACAGCCCUAGCACUCAAUGGCAACAUUCUUCCACUCAACAACAGAUCGCCACUUCUCACGACCUCCAUGCGCCGCCCGCCUCCACGCACCAUCACCACCACCACCAGCACCACCACCAUCAUCAUCCCCACAACGGUGGCGGCAAACAGCACACCAUCACCAUCAACGACACCCCCUCGCCGGCCGUCUCCGUCAUCACGAUCUCCGAUAGCGAGGACGAGACAGGAGGUGGGGGCAAGAAGGGGAGCAGGGGGCAAAAUGGGGGAGUGGUCCAUAGGAAGAACGUGAUCAGUUGCGUCAGCUUGCAGGAUAGCGAUAACGAGGAGAGGGGAUCGACGAAGCACGCUCACAACUCCCGCGGCAGCACGACCAGCAACGGCGCCAUCUACCACCACAACCAGGUGAUCAAGAACGAACCGUCAUCAUCCUCGUGUCAAAACCAGAGCAGCCAGACGACGCAGAGCCACCACAGCCAUCAGCAGAGCCACCACAGUCAUCAGCAGAACCACCACAACCAACAGCAGCAGCAGCAUUCUUCUGGUGGAGGAGAGUAUGCGUCGCAGAAGAAGCGGUUGUUGGCUAAAGCGCAGUCCGAGUGUAUGCUGAACGUGCCGACCAAGCAGGAGCCGGCCGACUACCAGUAUAUGCAGCAUUGCGGUAGUGCUUGCAAGGAACCCGCACAGGCGUACCAGUACGACCAGCCGUACGGCACGCCGUCCUCUUCGUCAUCGUCGAGCGAGAAGCGAGUCUCGUGGGCGGCACCCGCGCCGCCCCCGGCUGCCCACGUCUCCUCGGGGGGCGGUGGGGGCAGCUCGCGCCGCCACUCGGCCGUGCCCGUCGUCGGCGGGCCGCCGCAGGAGUACGCGGGCGGGCAGGAGGGGUACGGCCUUCAGCCGCCGGCCGCCCAUUCGACGCGGGACGGGCGUCUGCUGUCGGCGGCGGCAGCGGGGGGCGGGGGCGGGAAGGGGUGGGGGACGGUCCAGCAGGGGAUGCAUCCGGGGUACAGACAACAAGGCCACGCCCACCUGUCACCGCAACCGCUAGCGCAGCCGCGCGUCUCGCCGCAGCACCCUCUGGCGGCCGCCGCCGGCCAACCGCUCUACCACCAUGCGCACCACGCCCACCACGCGCACCAAUCGGCGGCCGAGCUGUACCGACGGCCGGUGUACGUGACGACGACGGCGCCGGCGCCGCUGCCUCAGGCGCAGGCCGCGGCCUACUUGCCUGCCGGCCACCAGCAAGGCCGUGCCCUACCACCGCCGCCCGCGCACCACGCCAGUGCCCGCCCCGUGUUAGCUGCCCACGCGGCCCACCCGCUGCCCGCCCACCUGCAGUUCCCGUCGCACGCCCAAGUCGCGUCGGCGUACGGCUUCGCCCCGCUCAGCCCCGCCAAGGGCCACCAGUACCAGCCCAGCCUGUGGUUCGCCGAAUAAGCGAAGAGGGGAGGGGCGAGAUCGGUCGGUGGGUGUGGUCGGGAAUGUUAUUGGUCGACGGUAUCGAAGGGGGAGGAGGGAAGGAAACGAUCGGGGCGUGGUCAAGGGUGGAAUGUUUUUGAAGGAGGGUCGGGAAUGGGAAUGAUCAGGGCGUGGUUAGGAACGGGAUGAUUCGUGUGUUCUGGAAGGGGUGGGGAGGAAAUGAUUGGGAAUGUGUUAGGAGAAUGGGAAGAUUGUUCUUUGUCCAUCGACAUAACCGAGUGUCUAGAUCUGUACUUGAGAUCGCUGGUAGAUGUAGGUCAACAUCAGUGUUGUUUGUUCAAUUAUGUUGCCAAUUUUACGAUAAUUAUUAUGGUAUCCGUACCAUGAUAUGGCCUUGUGUAACCCAUUUUGUUUUUGCCUCUCCAUGUUUUCAGCAAUACCAAACACUUGACAACACUGCUGAUCUAUUGUUUUUCACUUGACAUCUGACAGCAGCAGGCGACAGUUCACUUGAGUGAUAUUUUUGCAAUCUGAACUAACUGACAUAUUUUGUUGAAACUGAUUUGAAUCAGUUGAAAUGCGUUUUAUUGCAAUACUUCAAUCUGAUAGAAUGCAUGUUGACUGAUUCAGAUCAGUUCAAGUGAAAUAUUUCAGUCAGUUCAGAACGAAAUAAUCACCGCUGCCGAAUCAGCACUUGAAUCGCUUUGAGCGCACUAUCAUUGAUUCGAUUAACGCUUAGAACGCUUGUAAAUAUUCACCGUGCGUCAUUAUGACGUCAUGGAUUACGUCACUCCUCGUGCUCAGAGAGAUCUCAGUUCAGAGGUGGAGCGGUGGUCUUGUCACAACUGUCAAUUGAAACUUGAAAAAGUAAACAUUAGGGGUGAAAAGUCCUAAUAGAAGUACUGUUAUACAGAAAACAGAGACAACUCUCUCUACAUAAUUUUCGAUACGAGGUAUCAAAAUCAAUCUCUAUACAGAGUGACCCAAUUGAAAGCGGGCCACCCUCAUAAUUUCUUUCUAUUUAUGGAGCGAUUUUCACGACUUUUUUUCGAAAUGUAGAGGGAGGAAAGGUCCGCUUUUAUUAAAAACCAAGGCCUAGUAGAUCACAUUAAAAGGUUGAAAGAUUCAGAAUAAAUAGUAGCUAUUUUUUUAGAAAUAAUCCGCGUACCCCACUGGAAUCGACGUCCUCUGAAAUAGAUCUGUACCAAGUUCCAAGAAAAAAUUCAACAUUAACGAUUCUACAGUGUGUUUCAUUUCAAACGGCAUCCCCUCUAUAUCAGCUAUUAGUCGUGCGAUUCGUACCAAAUUUGGACCAGUACGAAUAACCAUCAAUCUGAUCAGUUUGGACAGUGCCGUGCUUUUCAUUGAAAUUAAAAGGGUUCGAUUUUUAUGAAAAGAAUGCCAAAAAUCACCUCAUCCCAAAUUAACAGGAUUGGCUAAAAUUUUUGUCAUUUUCAGUCUCGGGAAAAUAGUGAAUUCAAACUAACUGCAAAUUUUGGAACGUUCAAUAGCUCAGGUAGGUACGUUCGCAAAAAUGCUCUUCAGAUGUGCUUGUUUUUUCGAAACCCUCCACAGGAAUCAUAUAAAAAUACACAUAUAGGGGUUUGAACCAUGAAAACAGUAUUAUGAGGUUAGUUUUCCUGUAAAAACUGCCUGAUGUGAUAUCAUAAAAAAAUGACCCCUUUUUAUUUCAAUAAAAACGCACGGCACUGAUAAUAUUGAUGGUUAUUCACAAUGGUCCGAAUUUUGUACGAAUCGCACAACUAAUAGCUGAGAUAUAGAAGGGGACUGUUUGAAAUAAGAAACGCUGUAGAGUCGUUAAUGUUGAGCAUUUCUUCAUGAAACUUGGUACAGAUCUAUUUCAGAGGACGCCUAUUCCAGGGGUGUAUGGUGCAGAUUUUUUCUAAAAAAAUUGCUAAUAUGGAUUCUGGAUUUUUCGGUCUCUGAAAGUGAUCUAGUAGGCCUUGGUUUAAAAAAAGUGGAUACCGCUUAGCUCCAAAAUACAUCUUCCCUCCGUAAAUAAAAAAUUAUGAGGGUGGCCCACUUUCAAAUGGGUCACUCUGUAUGUAUGAAAUUGAAUCCCAUUGGGUGAACGUCUUGAAUUCAUUUGGGAAGGUUUUCGGGUUGUGGGUACAUGAGCUCUAGAAAUUAGGUUAUGUCGUUGGUCUUUUUGAUGUUCGAGGGUGAUAGAAUUGUAUGUUAGUUUCGAUAUAAUAUUGCAUACGGUAUGGGGCAGUUGAGAUAUUGCAGCUCGAAUUUUACUCGAUUUUUCGAUCUGAUCCAAGAUCCAAGUUGGAAACAUCAUUUUUUUCAUUGUUUGAUAUUGGAGGAAUUGUCUAUUCAACCGGAAAGGAAUGGUUUCCAGUUACGUCUUUGAAUUUUUUUUAUGGAUUUGCUUUCAGUUCCUCGUUGAUUCCGAAUUAUAAAUUAUCACAGCCUCAUCUUCAGAAAGACUGUUUGAAGAAGUCUCCAAAAAUGCCGCACUGAUAUUAUUUAUCUUGGGUAUUCCACAAAAUAUUAGUUUUGAAUGCCCAUAUUUUGUGGAAUAUGGAAGAUGAAAAUUUAUUGCGUUUCCUAUUUUUGGAAAGCUCUUCAGAACCAGGUUUUCCUACUGGUGAAAAAUGCAUACACUCUGCUGGUUCCUAGGUACCUACUCUAUUUUUUUUCCUCCAAACAAAAAUGAAAAAGUAAUCGGCUGAUGAGUACUUCGACUCAUCUGGUACAGGGUGAUGAUGAACAUUUUGAACUAUCACAAAUAAUGAUAAUGAUGUAUGGAAUUUUCCGAAUGUACUAGAUGUUUGAUUGGAUCUUGGUUAUCUUGUGAGAAGAAAAUUCUUGAGUAUUCAUGAGUUGAGAAUGUAUGUCUUGUUACUUCAGGGGUUCCUGAACUUGCAUCUGAUAAGUAAUUUUGUCAUAAAAAUUCGAGUUGUAAUAUUUUGAUUGUGACGUAAUUCAUUUUAUCAUUUUAGUUUUCGUGUUUUUGUGUCUGGUUUUUAAAUUUAAGAAUAUAACAAGUUAUUUUAUGCAAUAUUAUAAAUACGCGGUAAUAUUUGUGCAAUUAGAUUAGUAGGCAAUAGUUUGUUUCCACUAAGAUAUGAUAAUUUUAUCUUGAUGUAUUUGUGUCACGUACUUCUUGUUUUCCUUCUUUUUUUUUAAUUGAGUAAUUUUCCUUUAACAUUGUUUUCAUUGUUCGUGUGAGAAUUUGGGUACGUCACGAUUUUUGUUUUAAUUUCCUCUUAUUUUCGUAUUAAUUGAGUGUCUUAUUUGUACAUAUAAACUAGUCUUGCUAUUCACACUAGGUACACAAGUAGCAAUUGUUUCUUUACUAUUUUUCACAAUCAAUUAUUUAUUACACUGAAAAAUGUUACAUAUUUAUAAUGAUACUGCCUUCAUAUCAAAAGUACAGUCUAGCAUUUUAGUCAGAUAAUAAUAGUGAUAAUUUAAUUUAAAAUUCAGAUUAUCUAGAAGUUUGCAAAUUGCAUUUUUGUUAAUAGAAUUCAUUUUUUAUUGAUUUAAGAACCACUGGGUUCUUGAGUAUUUCAAAUAUACUUAUAUAGUAGGCUUGUUUUAGAGCUUCAACGUUUAUGAUUAUUUUUAUUGUGGUUGUCAUUUGAGUGGCUUAUUGCAAUUAAAACAAUUAGUUUCGAAUUUUCUGUAGACAGCCACCCAAAUUAUGAGGGAAGAAAGAUAAUAUAGUUAGGAUUAAAACUUUUCCUUUGAAGAGUUCUAGCUCAAAUAUGGUCCCAAUCUUCUUCCUUUGUGGUAUCAUGUUUCUAUACUAUAUGCUCGGAAACUGUAUUCUUCACAGUGGAAUUAUUAUAUUUCCUGUACGUAUUUUAUUUUAUUCUGCAAGAAUAUUUAUAUUGAACUAAUAGAUAUUUGCUAAGUUGUAUAACAGUUUCGUCAUAUUUAUACAACAAAAUAUUGAAUUUGCCUUGCAGCAUACAAUUUGGAUGCUCUAUUAAAAUUUCUCUAUGAUUUUUCCGAAUCAAAGUCGAAAGUUUUGGUUUAUCGACCAUUGCAUUGUUGUUUAGUGACAUUUCAGAAUACAGGACCAUGAAGACUGCUGUUUAACGAAAUUAAUCUGAAACUUGGGAAUUUCACCCUGUAUAACUCGCACAGUACAAUCAUGGUAUUCACACGUGUGUGGAUUCCACCUUGUAUAACAUGCACAGUACAGUCUUUAAAUAUGUGUGAAUUCCACCCUGUAUAACUCUCACAGUAAGUACGUGAUAUUCGCUUCUGUGUGGGUUUUACCCUGUAUAUCUCGCGCAGAACUUCACUAAUUUCAAUACUAGUUAACUAUUUCAUGUAAUUUCAAGAAAAAAUUGAAAAUUCAUAUUUUUCCAAAGAACAAUUGCCUAUGACUUUUCUCUGAGAUGUUAUUUCUCUAUGAUUUUUCCGAAUCAAAGUCGAAAGUUUUGGUUUAUCGACCAUUGCAUUGUUGUUUAGUGACAUUUCAGAAUACAGGACCAUGAAGACUGCUGUUUAACGAAAUUAAUCUGAAACUUGGGAAUUUCACCCUGUAUAACUCGCACAGUACAAUCAUGGUAUUCACACGUGUGUGGAUUCCACCUUGUAUAACAUGCACAGUACAGUCUUUAAAGAUGUGUGAAUUCCACCCUGUAUAACUCUCACAGUAAGUACGUGAUAUUCGCUUCUGUGUGGAUUUUACCCUGUAUAUCUCGCGCAGAACUUCACUAAUUUCAAUACUAGUUAACUAUUUCAUGUAAUUUCAAAAAAAAAUUGAAAAUUUAUAUUUUUCCAAAGACCAAUUGCCUAUGAUGUUUACGUCUUUCGAAAUUAGAAAAAUAUGGAAGGUUAUAAUCUGGGAUUCUUUUUAGAAGACACUUUUUGAUGUGUUGCGAGAUCAAAUCUUUCAUUUUGUUGUAUAUUAUGAUGAGCGCUAUUUUUGGGGAUUAGGGUUUAUAUAUUCGGAAAUUAUAGUGAAACGUUUCAUAGCAAAAUAAUGAAAAAAAGUUGAUAGUUUUUUCGGAAUAUUUGAUGUGCCUGUAAAUGUUAUAAUCAUUCGUACACUCUAUGUUCGACGUCAAAUGGAUUACCGACUCUGCACUAAUUGUCUUAAAUGUGUUAUUCAACAGGGAUUUUCGCGUCAAUAGAGUUGUGGAAUAUACUAGUUGUGAUAUUUAAUGAAGAAAUAAUCAUUUUUAUUGUAUAUACUGAAUAACGCCUAAAUAUAUGGGAUUUUUGUCAGGGAUUUUACACCAAUUAUCAAAAAAAUAGAGAUAUUGAAUUGCAUAAAAAUACAGAGAUGCCAUCAUAGAAUUUCUCUGUAUGGUAUAGAUAGAGAUUAACAAACCCUGGAUAUUUAAUUUUAUCAAUUUGAGCAGUACUAUAUUCUUCUGAUUUGUGGACUAAUUGAAAAAAACGACCUGUAUUACUCGGACAUCUACAUUACUGUAUAUUCUUAUUGAGGCGGAAUUGAAGUUUGCUUUUCACCCUCAACCGGGUGUCCCAAAUUCGAGGGAUAUCAUUGGGAUCUCUGUAAACAUAACAUAUACAAAAUCGGUUAAAUCAAGGCAAAGUUGCGUGAUUUGCUGCUGAUCAGCAUAUCCCUUGAAAAGUAUAGAAAUUCCGAAUACUUCCGGAGAUAUUUGGAAGAAACCUAAUACUCGCGAUUUCGUUUUUAUUUUUUUAUUCUGACUAUUUGAAGUGAUGUGACAAAAUAAGUUCCAUAGCAUCGUUGCCACUCUUUCCGCUCUAUUCAAUGGUAAUAAUAGAUUUGUGAUCCGACGUUUCGUCUUCGAGGAGACAUCAUCAACUUCGUUUUCUUUAAGCAAAAAAAAAAUAUUUUAAUUCCAAUUCUGAAUUAGAUGACAUGUUACAGUUCACAAUUAUCCGACGUUUCAGACCAAAGAAUCACCAUCAUCAACCGCCAUCUUGUAGAGAAGGAAAAGUUGUUGCAAAAAUGUCUAAUUCAUUUUCGUAUAUCUCUUUUAGUAAAAUCAGAAAAAAAUCAUGUUUUAGAAUUAGAAACUCGGAAAAUAACUUUAUUAAGAUAUACACCAAAAUGAAUUUGACAUUUUUCUAGCCACUUUUUCUUCCCCACAAGUUGCUGUCAUCAAAUUCUUCUCCUGACGUUUCGUUUUCUCGUAACCAUCAUCAAAUAACACUGAUGAUGAUUUUUAGUUUCAAAACGUUGGAUAAUUGUAAAUAGCAGUAUGUCGUUGGAUUCAGGAUUGAAAUUAUAGUUUCUUAGGUCGAAAAAACAUUUUCGACCAUUCAAAACAACAAAGUUGAUGAUGGCUCCUCGAAGAUGAUACCGCGGAUCACAAAUUUAUGAAUAGAGAUAAAAAAAUAUCAUUGGAUAGAGGGGAAAUGGUGGCAAUGAUGAUAUACAACUUAUUUUGUCAUAUCAAUUCAAAUAAGGUCAGAAAAGAGUAAAUGUGAUAUCGCGGAUAUUCGGUUAUUUCGUAUAUCUUCAGAACUAUUCGGAAUUUCUAUACUUUUUGAGCGUUAUUUUGAUCAGCAUCAAAUCACGCAACUUUGCCUUAAUUCAACCGACUUUGUAUCUGUUAUGGUUACCGAGAUCCCAAUGAUGCCCCUCGAAUUUGGGACACCCGGUACAUAGAAGUGGAACACAGAUUUUGAAAUUGGUGUAAAUAAUUAACAAAGUUCCCGAGAAAGUGUUUCAAUUAGAUAGAAAAGGUAAAUAACACCUAUGGUAGAUGUAACAAAUAAUAUUUUUGGAUUGUCUUAGAUUAGUUUUGAAUAAUACAAAAUAUUAAUCGGGUGUUCUUUCGCUAACUGUAGGGUUUCUCUCUUUGAUAAAGAUGAUGUCCAAAUGUUUCGAUGUGCAUGUUGAUGUACAGAUUCUUCAACAGUUUAGUUCCUCUUUGCACAUUGUUUUACUUCAAUCAACAAAUUUGUACAUAUAUUUUUUAAAUAAUGUCCUAGAGAUCUUCUUUCUGUGAUCAUCAAACAUUUCUUUGUAUAUAAUUUCAUCAGAUUGUCGUCUUUUAUUCAAAUGAAAGAACGUGAUGUGCCACACUUAGAAAGGAGCGAAUUCUAAGGAUAGAUAAUAGGAAAGAAUGUUUUUUUUUUCAAUUUGGAUAAAGACUCUGAACUUUUGCUUUGAGUAGAUCUAAAAUAUAACCGCCUUAUUGAGAGACAAAUAUAAGUAGAGAGUCUUUUGGAAUGAUUUAAGCGUUUGAACCAUUCGCUCUUAGUUGAAUUAAUGCACAGGGUUCCAUAUAGAUAUUUAACUUUAAAGAAAAUUAACAGCGAAUUAGUGUAGUUGCCGAUAUUUUCCAUCCUUAUCGAUAAUUAUUUAGCUUUUUGCUCAUUCAUCCGAUAGCUUUUUGAUGGUUUCACGUUAAUGGCCUCACUGUCUCGCAAUCGCAGUAUUACAUUCUGAUGUAAAUAACGGUGCUUACUUUCGCUUUGUUAUUGUUCUUCAUCUAACGUCAUUAGAUACGUGGAAAAUGCUUCACAUAAAAAUAUAACGUGUUAUUCACUGUUCGUGUCAAAAAACGUUCUAAAUCACGAAAUCAAUGGGUAGUAGGUAAUACGGUAUGUGAGGCACCCCCCCCCUUUAUUUUCUCCGCUGACCAAUGGCUCAACGUCAUUCAUAAUGCCCCGCCCACUGCUACCUAAGCGGGAAAAAUAUCCACGAAUAGAAAAUCGAUUGAGACGUCGCACUUGGUGAAGGUGAUUGGCUGUCGAAAUCACGUGAGUAGAAAAGUGGUGGGCGGAUGCCUCAUGUACUCUAAUGCCUACUGGUAAUUUUAGGAAGCCAUUAUUUCCCAAGAAAACUGAAGGAAUCUGUAAUUUUCUGUUGAAUAGUUUUGGUUUGCUCAAAGAUUAUGGUUCUCGUAUCAUGAAAUAAUUGGUUAGGGGGAUAUUAUUAUGGUUUUAUAUUCUUUGGUUUGCGAUGGAAUAUUAUGAUUUAUUCUUGAAAAAAAUCAAAGUAGUUAUUGCUUAAAGUCCGAUUUUUCCAGUUUUUGGGUUUCUUACCGUUCUACAAGUAUUUUCAACUGUUUCGAGGCUUAAUAUCAAACGUAUUCAUUCAGCACAAUAUUCGACGUUUACCUCAUAUUAUAAUAUACCGUAGAUCUCUUUUUCAUCAAAUUGUCUCGAUAAUAUGUGGAUUGGCCAGAACUAAAAUCCAAAUUUGAGGUUAAACUCGACCUACAUUAUUAGAAGGCGUCAAUUGUCAGUUUUUGCGUUUUUUAUGUAUGUCAUGUUUAACUUCUCAUGUUGGAAUACCGUAUACAGUAUGUCCCACUUUUUGUACUCAUAUUUUUGAUAUUAUUGAAUUGUUUUUGAUGAUUCGAGGUUUUAUUUUUUAAGAAUUGUACUCAUAAUGGAGGAAUGAGGUUUUUUUCGAGAGGUUCUUCAUUGAUAUCAAAAAAUAUGAGUGGAGUGGGAUACCACAUAUAUUUUUUUGAUUCCUGCACGUUGCGUUAGUUGUUUUGUAUAUAUUAUUUGGGUUGGUUAUUAUAUUUAUAUUAGUUACCAUAAUAGAAUGCGCUUAUACUGGUUGUAGUUACAUUUUAUGCGAUAGUUUUUAUUUCUCAAUAUGGAUAUAAAUAUCAGGAUAAUUUGAGAAUCAUUAAUCACUUCCAAUAUGAAAUGUAACAAAAUAUUUAAGGUUUUACCUAUAUGAUCUAAAGGCUGCACUAUGUAAUAUGUGUGUCUGUGACAUUUUAGUACCACUUCCAUCUGUGAAAACGGAUAACAAUUUUUCAAAUUAGGUAAAGGGUGAAUAGAAAACCUUCAAGGUAUUUUCUAGCAAGAAAACUGAAAAAAAUAAUAAUCUUGAAACAUAGGAAGUGGUAAAAUAAUGUUGCAGAUAUAUUUCGUAGAUUUAACUAUAAUAUUAUUAGUGUUACACAAGACUGGUGUAGAAUCAUGUCAAUAUUUUUAGCUAAUUAGUGGUGUUUUGACACACCUUCAUAAAUGGUGAUAGGCUAUUCAGUAGUUAUUGUAUCUUAACUGAAAAAUAACCAUGGAUUGUCGGAAUUUUCAUUUUUUUGUGUUUGUUUCAGUAAUAGUAACUUUAAUGGAUUUUUUUGCAUUGACAAAAUACAAAAGUAUAGUACAAAGGGUUUGUUAAAAUGUUUGUAAAUACAAUAUUUAUUGAUUUUCCAUUGUAUAUAGUUUGAUUAUUGUGUAUUAAUUGGUUUUUGUUUAUAAUUGUUUUUGAUAGUUUGAGUAAUUUUUCAUAGAGGCCUUAGUAGUUGAAGGGAACUACAUUAUAGAUGUUUUUAUUCUAAAAUUCGGAUUGAAAAUUUAUCAACAGCACGUUUGAAAUGUCGGUUAAAAUUCUGUAAAUAAAUUGAUAUACCUAGUGAUAAUUGCAGAAAAAUUCAUUAAUUUUAUUAUUCCAGAGUGGGUGAUGAUUUCAAUAGUUUCGUUAAGUACAAAUAAUAAUUGAUGAAAACAAAAUAUUCUCUUCAAUAAAAUAACACUGCUGUAUUUACACAUAAGCAAAUUGUUGUAUGUCAGUCAUAUAGCUGUUUUCAAUGAAAAAUUAUAACAAUAAAAUAGACAGUGGCGGCUCGUGACUUUCAUGACAGAGGAGGCUGAAUGAUAUGAGAUUUAUUGUGAAAAACAACUCUCUACUCACCCAAAUCAAUAGCUUCAAUGACAUUCUGUUAACCAGUUAACCGGAACUUGAUACUUGAAGAUAUGUGUUCCUGUGAUUUGCAGUGUCUAUCCAAUCCAAUUUAAUCCGCGAGGCAAAUUUUUCAAAUCAUUAUAUCCUAAUCGCCCCCAACAUGAUGACUUAUCGGUUGAAAAUAAUACGCAGUACCAACAAAAUAGCUUAUUCAUUACCUCAGAUCCCGUCAACCAGAUAUAUUUUUUAUAAUUAUCAGAAUUGAAGGAACGAUUUUGUUUGUUACCUGUUACAAUCAGAUUUUCUAAUUCCGGUGUCGUACGUUUGUUUUUCACGAUCAAUUUAUCUUCAUUAGACAAAGCACUGAAUGGGUUCACCAAAAAGUAUUCCACUAUAAAUCGCAAUCGUUUAAAACACUCAUUUUUCAGAAAUUUAUAGAGCCCCUAACCAUUAACCUAACAUAAACAUAAACAAUGCACUCGCGUUUGUCCGCAAUUCGCGAAGCGACACGACAAACACGUGCUAUUCGGGCGUAUUCGGGCAUUUGCAUUGCGCGCGUGGGUUGCGCGGUGUGAAGGAGUCUAGCCUCCUAUAGAUGUUGCCAAGUUGAAUAUUUUACGCGUGAUUUGCAGACUUCAACGUGUGAUGCGUGGGCAAGCACUGUUGCCAAUUCAAAAAUAUUUAACUAAAAACAGGAAAUAAAAUCAAAAUCCAUGUAUUUUAGUGUCCUUUUAAUGAGAAAGUAUAGAUAAUAUUAGUUUAAGGAAAAUCUCUGAGGAGGCUCAGCCUCCGUUGCCUCCUCUGAGGAGCCGCCACUGAAAAUAGAGUGGCCCAACAAUAUUGAAGCAGACUGAAUAACUGCCAGGAGAAUGUUUGUUUGAGAAAACUCUAAAAUCAGUCAAUUUAGAAUGCUUUGGGAACACAUUUUUAUCAUAUCCAAUCGCCAUAAUAUGUAAGUUUUUUCUUAAUUUAAGCGCACUUCAUAUGGAAGCUAAUUCAAUUGGUCAUACAUUUGAACUAAAUAGAGUUACAUAAUACAUAAUAAUAAAUUCUUCAAGUCAAUUUUAGAUAUUGUCAUUGGUGGAUAACAACUUUUGAAAAAAGUGUGGAAACAGUGGUCUACCUAAAAUUUGUUUCUUCUAAUAAAAAUUUAGAGGAACUUUACAUUCAUUAAUAUAUAGAUCUUCAUCAAAUUACCGUCCCUAUUCAAAUUCGACCUAUUUCAGCUUUAUUUCAAACAAAAACUCGCGGAAGAUGAUCAGUCUGCUUCGUUUUCGUCGGGCCUCCCUGUAGGAAAUCUUUUACAUAUUCUGUUUGCACUUCAUACUGAAUCUCGAUUUCUCCCAAGUGAAUUAAUAGACAAUCUUCAUAGACAUCAAAUCAUUAUAAGUAUCAUAAUAAUAUGAUAGGGAUGGGGGCUACUAAAUAUUUCAAAAAAUAAGAUGGAUAAGAAGUAUUCAAAUAUAUUAUCGAGGGCCAAACUGUAUUGUACCUCGUAAUUGAAAAAAUGCAAAUUUCACAGGAGCGACAAAAAACGUAUCACAUUAAUUGAGACAAAAUUUUAUCAUUCUACUUUUAGAAUUAUUUCUUGAAAAUACUCUCCACAGAUAUGUGGACAUUGAAAGCAUAAUCAAAAUUUACACGAAAAAUGGAUUGUUUACUAGGUACCGUCUAUUUUUCAAUUGUUUUUACGAGGUGGUGUUUUCUCGUAACAAGAGUUGUGCUGCUUAAAUAAUAUUUUUCAUUCGUUCAGUCAUUUCGAAGAUAAUUCAGGAAUAAUCUCCAUAUAGAAACAUUAUUACGAACAUAUCAUAAUAAUUACUAAAAAAAAUCGUCGUGGUGGGAAUCGAACCCACCUAGCGGCAAUCCAACGUGGAUAGAACACUGACGCUUCAACCACGGGGCUACGCUGGCCACUACUCCAAUUGAGAAUGAAGCAUUAGGAGAUCUUCCUACCUUUAGAACGGGGACAGCAAACUACGCAUUAUGGUGCCAUUCACUAAUAGCUAGUUAGGAAUUACUGCUUCAGAAUCAAGUUAAAAAACAUAUGAGGUAAUGUUUUUCGAUAUUUCUGCAGAAACUAUGCAAAAACCUGCAGCAUAACUCACAAUAGAUGGAGAUAGAUGUUCUGCAGCACUUUGAAUAAAAAACGUGAUUUUCAUAAAAAACGUCAUUUACAAGGAACUGCGGUUUGAUCCUCGUUAUGUAACUUUCUUUGAAUUUAUUAUAACUACAGUGUGACCCACUUAAGACCGGAGCACCCUUAUAAAAUCUAUAGUGUUUAACCAAUUUUUUUUGUUUCAGCAGGACUAUCCUGAGAUCUACGAUUACACAAAUUUGCAAAAUUAAAUUUCAAUCUACAGGGCAUACUAUGCUAUUUUUUUCAUGUUAAAAAUUGCGAAAUUUCAUUAGCGAUUUAA